CUUCUUCCGUGAUCUUGUAGAUCAGGAAAAAUGGUUAAGGAAUGAUGUUAGUAAGCUUUAUUGGUUAAAUUAAUUUCCAUAUCUUGACAUUUAAUAACUGGUUUAUGUUAUAUGUUAAGCAUCUGGAGGCUAUUAUGGACAAUAUGAUGGAAGUUCUCAAUGGAAUAGAGUGCAAGAACUUCACUGUUGUUGGACCAGUGUUUGUGAACCACUUACUACGUAUGAAUGCCGAUGAAAGAGUUUGGUCUAAGGAUAAGUUCUUAAGCAAGUUUGAUUGGUCUGGCGUUGAAAAGAUUUUCUUGCCCGUGAAUGGAGAUGGGAGACAUUUCGUUAUGGUAUGCCAAUUGUGGAGUGAUGGUGCUAGCAUUUCUAGAGUAUUUGUUGCUAGCCUUACCAUUAAGCCCGGACUGCAGUUCUGAACACAUGGCUGAUUUCCGAUGUUAAUUUGCAGCUAGGUCACGGCGUGGAAGGAAAACACCCAAUAUUUAGCAUUUUUACUUUACAAUUUUAGGGGUCUUUAAUUUUUGUGAAACUCUUUGUAAUGGUUUAUGUGCUUUGUAAUGUAUUUUUUUGGGGAAACACUUUAGGCUUUUUUGAAAGCUUUGUAAUGAGGCUUUUAUAAUCAUGAAUUUGUACUUGUUAAUGCACAAUGUGUUAAUGUAUGGGAUGACUGAUUUACAUUAGUUUAUGAAUGAUUUAAAGUUUUACUAUCAGAGCCCUCACAGAGAAUAACUGUCUAUUUUAUCC